GCGAGCAUGCCCGCUUACCUGGCGGUCAGUCGGCUACAAGUUGCGCGGCGCAAGGUAUACAAGCAUGGGCCUGCCAGACAUAGAGACCAUACCCGAGACUGGGGCAGUCUUCACGAUCGGCCGUAGCAGAUUUGCGGACAAUGUUGCGUCACAUUUCUUCAUACGUAAGGAUCCAGUCGUCGCCAUUGAAUGCGGGGAUGAGCAUUCUGCAGUUAUUUGUCAGAGCGGCAGACUUUUCGUCUUUGGCAGUAACGAUUGGGGCCAACUGGGUCUGGGUCACAAGAAUCACAUCAGCAAGCCUUCGUGUGUAAAAAUCUUGAAACCAGAAAAAGUCACACACGUCGCAUGCGAAGCGCACACUCUAAUAUGUACAGGAGCCCAAAAAAUCUUUGCGUGCGGCAGUAAUCAAGAAGGUCAACUGGGUCGGGAAAAUUCUGCGAUAGGUGAUAGCUCUAGUUCUCCAAUCUUGAUCUACGAUUGCGGACUCGCUGGACCCAGGAUCGUCCAAAUUGCAGCAGGAUCGCAUCAUUCGAUUGUUCUGACCAGCGACGGAGGAGUUGUCGCUUGGGGAAGUAAUCUGGAAGGACAGUUAGGGUUACCGGGGGUUUCGGGCCUUGUUAACAAGCCUACAAAGGUUCCUAUUCCUGAAUCGGUGAAAGAAAUCAGCGCGGGAUAUUAUCAUUCAGCUUUUUUGACCGAAAGCGGUCUCGUUUAUGUUUGCGGUGAAUCGGAAAGCGGUAAACUUGGGAUCGAUGUCAACUUCUCUACGCAAGUUGCACCGAAGCAGAUGCAGUUACCGGCGCCGGCAGUUCAUGUCGUCUGCGGCGGUCAUCACACACUCGUGUUAGCAGAAAAUGGCAACAUUUACUGCUCCGGCAGUAAUGCUAGUGGGCAGCUUGGAAUGGGCACAAACGUUAACGAAAUACAUAUGCCAAAGCAUCUUGCACGCGGGUCUCUUCGAAAUGAAAAAAUCGUCAAGAUUGCUUGCGGUGAAAGUCACAGCGCUAUACUUACUGAACUCGGCAAACUCUUCACUUGUGGUGACGGGCGACAUGGUAAAUUAGGACUGGAGGAAAAUGAGAAUAAUGUUCACGAAGUAACAUUUGCUGCCAAAUAUCAAGAACUCUUCAUCACGAAUGUCGCAUGCGGAGGAUGUCAUACGAUAUUGGUUGGUCGAAGACAUGAGAUGGAUUCUCAAUCGCAAUUGGAUUCCACUGAGUCAGCCACGCAGAACAAAAGUUCUCUACCUCCUUUAAAGCUUCCUGUAAAUGUACAUAAUGAACAUCGAGCGGACGGAGCUACGGAAAAAUCGACACAUGAGAAAGAUGAUUCACAUCAUGUCAACAAAAUCAAUGAAACACCAAAACAUAAUAAUACUGAAACGAAGUCUUCAAAAGAUUCGUCAAAGGAAAAUUCGGAUAUUGUCAAUAAGGAAAAAAUUUCGUCUUUGACAAGCAACGAAAAAAUCGUAAGUCCUAAGAAAUCAAAAAGUCCUUCAAAAACUAGUCCAUCGGAAAAUCAAAAAAAAAAGGUUCAUACUCCAAAUACAAAUGCCAAAGUCGAAGAAUCACAACCGACUGACAAGGAAGAUGAGUCAAAGAACGAAGAAAACGCGCAGAAUGGCGAAAAUACUGAAGACAAAACAGAUAAUGAAAGUAAAGAUAAUGUACAGGAAAAUAAUGAAAGACAGAAAAAUAAUAAAAACGUGGAAAUGACAGCGACAGCGGCGAAAGAUGCCGAGGAGUCAUGCACAGAAGCAGCAGCUUCGAGGACACACGAAGAAAAGAAACAAGAAACGUUAACGAAUCCCACACCACCGCCGAAACCACCGAGACUAAAAUCCGGAAGUAUCGAAAAUUCGAGUAACGAGAACGAUCCCUCACAAGAGAGCAAAAAGAAUGAGCACGAGAAGAAUGAGCACGAAAAGGAUGAGUGCAAGAAGGAUGAACCCGAAAAAGAUAAGCACGAAAAGGACGAGCACAAAAAGGAUGAGCAUGAAAAGGAUGAACGCGAAAAGGAUGAACGCGAAAAAGAUGAACACAGAAAGGAUGAACGCGAAAAGAAUGAGCACGAAAAGGAUGAGCACGAAAAGGAUGAGCACGAAAAGGACGAACACAAAAAGGAUAAGCACGAAAAGGAAAAAGGCGAGGAAGAGAUGAAGACGAAUGACGAACCCGCAGAUUCAAGCCCAAAGUCGCUUGGAAAAUCGAAAUCGGCAAUUUCAGAAACUAUUACUGAGAAGAUUGUGGGGACUAUUGAAAAUACGAUAAAAAAGGUCAAGGAGGAAGUACAUGGUGAAGAAUCAGAGAAAGUGCAGACGGAUGGCGCACAAGACGAUGCUGAUGUGGUACAAUCUCCGGCACCGCGAACAGCUAAGGUGGCAAAGUUGUUUAAAGGAAAGAGACAAGAGAUAGAGAAUGGAAAUAAAACGAGCAGCGCAGCGAAUCCAAAAGCUAAGUCAAAAACAUGCACUGUUCUGUGAUCGAGAAGAAUUCGAAGAAAGAAACAUAAUCCAUUAUAUUUUUUAUAAAAUACUUAUGAUAAAUUUUCGUCGCUGGGACCAAUACGUGUGGAACCGGAAAUAUCUUCUUCAAUAAUCAACAACUCGAUUUAACAUUCAACCAUAUUUAUACAAUAGAAUUAGUUUAGAUUUCUCCUGCAUUAUAUAUUGCAUCAAUUUCUAUUUCUCGUUACGGCGACGAAAAGUUUAAAUAAGAGCAAUAAUUCACUGACUGUAUUUAAGCACUCUAAAUAUAAGUUACAUAUA